GAAAUUCAUCAACAUGCCACGCAAUGUGCAAUAUAUCUAAAUGCAACAAAGAGCAUGCGAAGAUACAAAAAAAAAGAAAAGAAAAGAAAUACAAGGCAAAGGAAAUGAACCCGUAUUGGUCUGAAUACAUCAACGGGAAGGUCACGGUAGAGGGAGCGUGUAUAUAAGGCGGGGAAAGACCACUGGGCAUCACUUCUUCAAAGUCGUCGACCUUCGUAACAUCGCGAUGCAGUUCCUGGUCCUAGCAGUACUGGCAGCCUCGUGCUCCGCGGCGCCACAGAUGUUCCGCGCUGUGUCGGGGGACCUUUUCUUGCUGCGCUCAGACAUUCCAGCAGUUGUCAAGAUUCCUGAACCAGGAAUAAAUCUUUUGCCCUUUUUAGAAUCUUUCCCCCUUGUCCUUCCUGCUUCACACGUUGCCCUCAAGAGCGCAGAAGUUGUGUCUGUUUCUGCCCCUGUAAUCAAGAGUGCAUCAGUUGUGGUUCCUGCUGCCCCUGAAGUCAAGAGCGCAGAGGUUGUGGCUGUAGUAGUUGACCCUGUAGCAAGAGCGCCUCAGCUGUAGCUCCUCCUACCCCUGUAGUUGUUGACCCUGUCGUAAAAAGCGCAGUUGUGGGUUGCCCCGUGGUUU